AAUGAGGGGCGGUGCUACAGUCCACGCCUCCCCCGUUGUGCAGUGACCCUGUGUGGUCUUUCUGUUGGGGUUCUUUGUCCGGCAGGUGUUCGGUACAGACUCUCUGUCAGCUCGUAUUGGAAAUAUUCCUAUUGUUGUAAACACUUACCCCUAGUGAUACUACAACUCCGCUGUCUACUGGCUCCCCACUCAAUCGCCUGCUCCGUACCAAAGCUUCCCUCUCUGGGUCCAUCGCUGAACUCCCGCAGUCUGUGGAUUAGGCUGCAGUAUCUGCCCAGAGACAGGUGUUGCCGUCGUUUAGAGCUCACGUGACUAACUAUGGCUGCUUCGACUUCUAACGAGGCCGAGAAGAAAGAGGACAUGGUGUGUGAGGAGGCGGACAGCAACCAAGAGGAUAGCGCGGCGGGAGAUGAGGAGGAAGGGCCGGGCAGUGGGCAGAAUAAGGCGGAGGAAAAUGAAGUGGUGACCGUGGGAAGCACCUACCCGUGUAAGAAAGCCGACGGCUCUCUCCAUGAUGCCGAGGUUGUGAAGACCAGAAUGAAUAAGCAGCUCGGCAAAGAAGAGUAUUAUGUACAUUAUAUCGGCUUGAAUCGUCGCCAAAAUGAGUGGGUGGACAAAACACGGCUGGUGUUGACCAAAGCAGAAGUAAAGGAAGAAGCAAAGGACGAGGCAAGCGGCAAUAAUCAGGAGAUGGCCGAUGCCACAGAACAGGCCAAUGGAAACACUCCCCAAGGACAAAAGAGGAAACUUGAGGAACAGGAGCCUGAAACAAAGAAAACCAAAGUGGAAGCUGCACCCAACUCUUCAUUGGUGGGGCCGGCUGGAGAUUUUGCCGAGGAGCUGACGUGUCACUUGUGUGUGGAGCUUUUCAAAGAUCCAGUGAUGGUGGAAUGCGGCCAUAAUUUCUGUAAGGCCUGCAUUGAGAAGGCAUGGGCUGGCCAGGAUUCCUUUUCCUGCCCCGAAUGCAAGGAGGUGAUAAAUGACAAGAAAUAUACCAUCAACAGAGCCCUGGCCAACCUGGUGAAGAAGACUGCAACAGCCCCUGUGAUUCCAGCAGAGAAAAAGGAAAAACCACUGGAGAACUGCCCUGAGCACGACGAGAGGCUUAAGCUUUAUUGCAAAGAUGAUGGCACCCUCGGGUGUAUUAUAUGCCGCGACUCUCUCAAACACGUCAGCCACAACUUUCUGCCCAUUCUAGAUGCCGUGGCUGUAUACAGGGAACAGCUUGCUGCCAUUGUUGCCCCAUUGGAAGCAUCACUGAAAGUCAGCGAACAGGUUGUAAGCCAGCAAAACGAGAAGAUUGUGCAGCACAAGAACAACAUUUGUGAAUAUAAAGACCACAUUGUGGCAGAAUUUGAGAGAAUGCAUGAGUUUUUGGAGGAGCGUGAGAAGGUUCUUCUAGCACAGCUUCAAGAGCAAGGAGACGGCUUGCUAAAGGAAAUGGAGCAGAACAUGGUGAAAAUGCAAGAAAAUAUAGAUGGCAUUAAAAAAACAAUUGCUGUGGCUAAGGACCGCGUAGAUGAGAACGACUCCAUCUCUUUUCUCACGGACAUUAAAGCCUUCAUUGACAAAUGCCUUGAACAGCAGCGAGAGGUGGUAUCCUCAUCUGGGAAUACAUUACUAUCCAAAGAACUGUGUCAAGGAACUUUUAAAGGCCCCAUCCAGUAUAUCUUGUGGAAGGAAAUAAAGAAAGCUAUUGUUCCAUAUCUUUCGCCAAUGUUGCUGGACCCAAGCACGGCUCACCCAAACCUGAUCCUGUCAGAUGGACUGACCAGUGUCAAAUACGGAGAUAAUAAGCUGUCCGUCCCCGAUAACCCCAAGCGCUUCAGUCAGUGUAUUCUUGUCCUGGGAUCGGUGGGAUUCGAUUCUGGACGUCACUACUGGGAAGUCGAUGUGGGAGACAAAACCGCAUGGGAUGUGGGCAUGGCCAGUGAGUCGAGCAACCGCAAAGGAAAGAUCAAGCUCAAUCCCAAGAACGGUUACUGGGCAAUCUGGCUGAGAAACGGGAAUGCUUACAAGGCUCUGGAGUCCCCCUCCAAGACUCUUGUCUUGGCAUCCAAACCACACAAAAUCGGCGUUUAUGUUGACUACGAGGGGGGCAUGAUAUCGUUCUAUAAUGCGGAUGACAUGACCCCCAUUUACACUUUCAAUGCCACCUUCACUGAAAAGUUGUACCCGUAUCUUUCACCCUUCCUGCAUGACUCCGGCAGAAACGCAGAGCCUCUCCGUCUGGUCCAUAACUAAUUAACAAAUGCCGUUAGAAUAAUGAUUAGAUCAUUUGUAGAUAGGUGUCUUUACACGAGCGUUCUCAAAACCUUUUUUUUUUGGAGCGUUCUCAGAAUGCCUUCCUGCAACUUCUUGUUUUCUGUAUGAGGCAAAUGUAAGGUGGUUUGUUUUUCAUUGAUGACCACGGUUACUGUUUAGAAUGUGUUACGUGUGAAUUAAUUGGAAUCGAUUUAUGGAGAUGUAUAUACUGAAAUGCUGGCCUGUCUGCUAUAGGGUAAUGAGUGAGCCUAUCAGGUGCAAGAUGGUUAAAGGGGAAACUAUCGUGAAAAUUUAAAUUUAAUAUAAGCUUCAUCAUACUGAAAUACAAUUCUAAAUACAAUCCGUUAAAAAUUCUGUACCGUUUCUGAAAUAAUCACAUUUAUCUUUAUCACUAUUCCACUCUCAGCAUCUGUUUCUCCUCAUUCUGUCUUCAUUCAGGAGUUGGGUGUCAGAUGAAUGAUCCAAUAUAUCUUAUGGGGAGGCAACUUUUACCUAGAAGAUGUAUUAAUAAUUAUAAUUAUUAAUAAUAAAUUAGAGCUUACUUUAUUAAAAUCAGCAGACAUCAUGUCUCUCUACAUGCAGAAUUUGUGCAAAAGGCAGUUAUUUUGUUAGAUUUUGUUUGUACUGGAAUCAGAUAUUUGAGUGAGCUCUAAUACAUCUUCUAGGCAAAAGGAGCCCCCCUAUAAGAUAUAUUGGAUCAUUUAUCCGACACCCAACUGCUGAAUGAAGACAGAAUGAAGAGAAACAGAUGCUGAGAGAGGAAUAGUGAAGAUAAACUUGAUUAUUUCACAAACAAUGCAGAAUAUUUAAUUGAUUGUAUCUGGAAAGCUUCUUACUUCAGUAUGAGGAAGCUUAUAUUAAAAGUUCACCUUUAAUAACCCAGUGUUUUAAUCUGUGAAAAUGUUUUAUUACAGUACUCGCUUCCCUGCUAUCUUUGUCUCUAAAAGACAUCAACCUUUUGUUUGCAUCAGAAAGCUUGUAAAAGUGUCCAAUAAAACAUUUUAUAAGCACAGAAAUAGAUGAAAGUGCAUUAUCAAACAUUCCCUAGCACAUAUUGAAUUUUUACCGUUAUUCCACUUCACGCUGCAUUACUGACUGUGAAAUUUUUGUUUUAUGAUGGUUUCGGUUAAAUUGCCAUCCUGCUUUUUCAGCAGUUCGGGAGCGGAUUAUGCAAUACAUCGCAUGUCUUUGGGCAGGAUUGUGUUAUCAAAGCCGUAAUGGAAAUGAGUUUGUGUAGCCCAUGGGCAGGUGUCUAUUGAAGUCGUUUACAAUGUGAUAUGUGGCCAAUAUGUCUCCAGGAUAGCCCCGGGUCUUUUAUGAUCAAGACUGACAGAAUAUUUCUCUCUGUCUUCAAACUCUAUUGCUAGGUUGCAUUGCUCUUGCUAUCAGUACCCGUUGUGUUUUGAGAAUGUAGAAUUGUAUGCGAGGUGACCAUUAUGUACUGGAAAAUAGGCAACAUAGAUUGUUACUGUGGUUCGAUAAGUUUUGACUCUUCUAACAAAGGGUGACGCUGCCCAGACUGGGCUCUGGUUAUGGUUGGACACUUGGGACAUCCCGUCUCUAUGUACUACACUUUUUUUUCUGUGUGUCAGUAAGAGUUAAUAUGGAAUAAAGAUGUGAUCCUGUUUAA